AUGGGACAGUCGGCUUCUACACCUCGAAACUCUUCAAAUACUGGCUAUUCAGACCAAGCGCCAUUCUCGGGAGAUCACGAGUCUGGACUGAGGGAUGCCGAGAUGAACUCCAGGCAAAAUAUUGAGCAGACUGGUGAGGCGGGACGGCUGAUUGGGAUGGACUCGGACACAUCGAGUGGUCAAAAUGGACCACCUGAUGAGCUGCAUGACGGACAGCAACCUUCGCAACAGCCUACGCGAUAUCCGGGAGGCUACUAUCAUCAAAUGCGAAGUAUCGAGGAGGAAGAGAGCUCCGAAAAUGAGCCCGGCUCGCGAGAUCGCCGUUCAGCCGCGCUUGCCAGAAUGGCUGCCAGGAGACAAUCCACCAUGUCCCGUUUGGGGUCGAGAAUCCUCCCAGACUCAGUCAUUCGUGGUCUGCUCAACAGCCAAGAGGAAACGCCCGCGGAGGGUCAUGCUCACAGACAUGGACUAGUCUCGAGGACCCCGCCACGGUCGGACAAUGCUCACAGCAGCGGUCGCUUCAGUCCGUUCAGCGCUCUUGGCUCCAGAGGGGUCUUGCGUCGGCGCAACACUCGUGAGCCUUACUUCAUUCCUCAGCGGACUGAUCCUUCAGGCAACACCGACAGCGUUGCAAAUCCCUCAUUGCUGGACGCUUCGGCGGAUCGCCUACCCGAGUCCAAUCGUGCGUCCUGGCGCCGCGCUCGACUCCAGCGUAUGCGCCACUCCUUCUCAAGUCCGAUAUCUCACAUGUUCGGGCAAUCCACUACAGAUGAUCCCGCCAUUCGUGAGAACACUGCGCAUCUGUCCAGACCGGUGUCUUUCACAGACAGCCUUUCCAGUGCCAUGGAUACUCGUCUUGACUUUGGCGAGCCACUGCCUGAGUUGGACUCGGUUGAGCCAGGCGUACAGCCUGAUAGGCCGCUCUCUGCCAACGCAACUCCGGCUCUCAUAGGAUCCCGCACGCUUCCCGGUCUCCUCAGGGCUCGAGCCGCUCGAGCCAUGCGCCGGGAGGAGCAGACUCCCCUGUCUCGCGUCCUUCAACUCGCGGCGGCAGCCAUCGCCGCCCAGUUGUCCGGAACGACGGGGCCUGCAUUGCCCAAUAUCCAAGCGUUGGGAAACGACGGUGUCGAAGGCUCUUUGGAAAAUUUCAUCCAGAGUCUGCAAAAUGUGACUACCCCCCCGGCGCCUUCAUCGCCGUCUGGGGAUGGUGCGAACCAGCCUGACCCUGAAGCUCCUCCGGCACCCGUCAAUUUCUUGCGCGUCUUCCGGUUUGCCAAUUCUGACUCCCCCCUGCCCACUGGAUCAACGGAAGAGCAGAGUGCAACCGAUUCAGAGGACGCUCGCCCUCGCUCCGAGAGAAUGUCCAUCGACGGUCCACCAGGAGGCGCCGAGGCCCGGACGGUUACUCUCGUGGUCGUGGGUGUCCGGUCUGUUCCUUCCGGCCAUGGAGGCCAUGGAGAACAAGGUCCUCCAGCCCCGGGUGGUGCAGGUUUAGAUGCCUUGCUAGGAUUACCAUUCCUGCCCCCCAACAUUCUACCCAACGGCCGCCCCGACGGUCACCCAGGUAGCUCUCUUCAUCGGCCAGAUAUGCGACCAGGAUUACAUGCGGCUCAUCCCACGGGACCUACUGGUCUGAACCACGGCAGUCUCCGUCAACCCGGCCAAAACUUCCCGCGAAGGAUGUCAGAUGCAGGACCUCUUCGGCCUGUUGCCUUUCCGCCAUCGGUUCUUGCCGACAGUCCUCCCGGGCCGCAGCCGCCGCCAUCAACACCUGCCGAGCCAGGCCGGUCAGCUAUCUCCUCGGGGACUUCCACCCCAAGUCGUCGGCCCUCCUCAGCGUCGGCUCUCCCUCCCACUGACCUGCCCCACGUUCACGAAGACCGACCCCUGCAACCCACUGCCGAGCCUUUGGAAGAGCUUCAUCCACCUGGCACUGCCCGCCAGCGACGACGAAGCGAUUCCGAAUUUGCUCGCCAUCGGGCGUUUGGGUCUGGAUCCAUUCGUCGAAAUGGAGUGGUGGAGCCUGACCAGCCUCCUCCCAGUGGAGGUCGAAGCUGGUUGAUCUACGUCGUGGGCACAAAUCUCUCCGAGAAUCACCCGGCGCUGACCACUCCGAGCCUCUUCACCGACAACCCCACUUACGAAGACAUGAUUCUGCUCUCCUCGCUUCUGGGUCCUGCGAAACCCCCCGUCGCUUCUCAGGACGACGUCAACUCGGCCGGUGGGCUCUUCCGUCUUGUUGAGUACUCUGGAUCCUUGGUUGCCGAAUCAGAUGAUGGUGCGGGCACCAUCCACAUCCAGGAAGGCGAGCGUUGUCUUAUCUGCUUGAGUGACUACGAAGUCGCCGAGGAAGUUCGGAAAUUGGCUAAAUGCAAGCACAUGUUCCACAAAGACUGCAUUGACCAGUGGUUGACCACCGGUCGAAACUCGUGCCCACUCUGUCGGGGUCAAGGCGUCAAGGAAACCACCCACGAGGACCCGUCACCAGCACCAGCACAGCCCACUCCAACUCCUGCAGAAGGUACCGCCAUCUGA